CAAAGAAACGUGGUCUGAUCGACGCAUGCAAAUAAAUGCGAAUUGUGACGCUUGCCUCCCUGCUCAAAACAUGCAACGGCCAACCCAAUUUUCUGAUCAAAAGACCGAAGAUUUGACGUACAACGAGUACUAAAAUUGCGGCAGUCGGGGACACUUCUCUCCGUUUGCCGGCGUAAAUGCGGCUGAAAUUUGUACGAAUGGCGGUGUGGUAGCUCAUUAGCGUGUACUAGUCACGUGUACCAGUACAUUUCCCGCCCCGCCCCGAACCUCGUUUCGCCCAUCUCUCCCCUACAUAAAUAUAAUUCUUCCGCAUCUUGAUUAUAACUCGCUUCAUGAUAAUUAUCUCCGUACGAAUCGUUUAGUGCCAACGCGAAGAAUACGGCGGAAGGUCGCAAUAUCGUUGUCACUCCGCCGGAGUUGAUUCGAUUUUGUUUUGAAAAGCUCAUCGGUUUGUGCGGAUCUGAUACGACCGAUCCGAAAAAACCGAUCGGAAAAAUCGUUAGUUUUAAUUCGACUGAAUGGCGGUCAGUGUUCACGUUGAGGCAGGGUCUAGGACACCUGAAGAUGACCGGAGUACGGAAACCCCCGUAGACUUUGAGGCUGCGGUGUCAGCGACCGGCUACGGACUUUUUAACGUGCUCCUUCUUCUCGCGGCAAUACCGGCCGGAUGGACGGUUGUUUUUGACACGUCGACGAUAGCUUUUGUAAUUCCAUCGGCCGAGUGCGAGCUUGACUUGACACUUUUUAGGAAAGGAACCCUCGCCGCCGUCACCUUUGGAGGAAUGAUAUGCACGGCUUUCUUCUGGGGUUAUAUAGCGGAUCAAGUAGGAAGAAGGCACCUUUUACUUUUCGGUCUCAUAUUAGACGCCACUUGCAAUAUAUUUGGCAGCGCGUCUCAGAGUUACUACAUUUACUUGGCGUUUAAAUUCGUCAGCGGUGUAAUCAUCGGAGGUCCCUUCGCUAUCCUGAUGACGUACAUCGCCGAAUUCCAUGCCGAGCGACACCGCAGCAAAGUUCUAAUGUGGACCGGGUCGCUUUUUGCUGUGGGAAACAUCGCUGUACCAGCGCUUGCGAGGGCUGUUCUUCCGCUACCUUGGUCGUUUUCCUUGUUUGAUAAUUUGUUCGUUUUUGAUUCUUGGAGGAUAUUUUUGAUUAUAUCCGGACUACCACCUUUGAUCGGUUUCCUGACUAUCGGCUUUUUGCCGGAAAGUCCAAAGUUUCUAAUGACCAACGGUAACUCGUCGGAAGCGCUCAAAAUAUUUAGAAAAAUGUACUCGAUGAAUACUGGAAAAUCGGCGGACACUUAUCCGGUCAAAGCUUUGCAGCUUCAAGAACGUUACGUUCAGAAGCGUAACGCCUCUGUGCAUUCCGGAAUUUCGUCAAAUCCCAACGAUCCACAGAAGGUAGUUUUUUCCAAACGAAAGUCGAUGUUUUCAACGCCCUAUAUCAUUUCCAUAUUCAUAGUGAACGUAGUUCUCUUCGCUAGCACGUCGGGGAUGCAAAUAAUGAAAUCUUGGCUGCCCCAGCUGAUCGUUAUUCUGAACAACUUUGACCCCAAGGAAUCUGAAGGCUUGUUCAGUUCUCCGUCAAUUUGCGAGAAACUGAACGCGGACGCUAUCGAAGCUUUCAGAACCGAGACCGCCGUAGCGAACAAAAAUCUCACGAAGGGUUGCGUUCCGAUGGCCGUUUCGCCGACCGUCUACACGAACGCAACGAUAAUCGCGGCGUCCGCUGUCCUGGGAUCAUUUUUGGCCGGAUUCAUCAUCAACAAGGUUGGGAAGAAAAAUAUAUUGUUCAUAUGUCUGGUGGCAGCCGGUGCCUGUAACUUUGCUCUGAACUGGUCGCCGACGACAAAAGUUUUUUUGAUCCUCUGUUCGGCUAUCAUAGCGCUCACGGGGAUAUCCACGAACGCUAUAACCGCGAUGAUCGUUGAAGUGGUGCCCACAAAUCUCAGAGCGACGGCGGUGAGCAUAUCCGUGAUGACUGGUAGACUGGGGGCAGUGACUGGAAAUUUGUUGUUUCCAAUCCUGCUUAACUUGACUUGUGACGCCCCGUUUUACUACAUCGGUGGAUUUCUCACGUUGGCGUUCGUUGUGACGAUAUUCCUGAAAAAACAUUCCGGAAAAUUAGAAUAACAACUUGACUAAUUUAUAAUCUUAGAUAUUAAUUCGAUAUACUUAAAUGAGAAAUGUAAUUAUUGACGAGUCCAACCGAUCUAGUAUUAAAUAAAGUUAAAAGAGCAAAAAGAAAAAAAAAAAAAAACAUCGAGGCAAAGAACGGGAAAACAAAUUGUAAAAUAAAAGACAGUAUUACACUUAAGUAUCUACAAAUAACAUGGCUAUAAUUAUACUCGCAUGUAUAGUACCAUUGUAUACGCAGCAGGUGUAAAUAAAUUAAUUUUUAUGUACAAGAAA